AUGCUUGAGCAGAAUGUUGUCAAGCAGCGGCGCGACAAAGUCAGCCUGAAUGCGUUUGCCCUCCUGUUCUCCGAAAUCAUCCAGUACUCGCAGAAUCGCGUGCUGGGUAUCCAGGACCUGGAGUCUAAGCUGGGCGAAGUCGGAUACCGUGUUGGCAUGCGUGUCUUUGAGCUGGCGAUGUGGCGGGAAAAGACUGUUCACCGCGAGACCCGCGUACUCAACACACUGGUAUUCAUCAACACAGUCGUCUGGCGGAUGCUGUUUGACAAGCAGGCAGACUCGCUGGAACGCAGCACCGAGAGUGAUGACGAGUACAUGAUCACCGACAAUGAGCCCAGCAUCCUAAAGUUCAUCUCGGUGCCAAAGGAGAUGUCGUCUUUCUCACCGGGUGCGUUCAUCUCGGGCGUUGUUGAGGCGAUCGUCGAGUGCUGCCAGUGCCCGGCCCGAGUCACAUCGCAUGUGGUGCCUGCCGACGGGAUGCCGCUUCGCACGGUCAUUCUACUAAAGUUCAACAAGGACGUCAUGGAGCGUGAGCAGCGACUGGAGGCUGGCAGAUAG